UUCCGCAAGGAGCGCUUCCGCCAGCCGCGCCGCGCUGCGCGGCGCUGAGGCUGACCACUCGCAUCCGGCCUGAGGAGACGCCGCCUUCGCCUCCGCGGCGCUGCGCAAACAUGAAUGUUGGCGUUGCCCACAGCGAGGUGAAUCCGAAUACCCGGGUAAUGAACAGCCGUGGUAUGUGGCUGACAUAUGCAUUGGGAGUUGGCUUGCUUCACAUUGUUUUACUCAGUAUUCCCUUCUUCAGUGUUCCUGUUGCUUGGACCUUAACAAAUGUUAUACAUAAUCUGGGGAUGUAUGUAUUUUUGCAUGCAGUAAAAGGAACACCUUUCGAAACUCCUGACCAGGGUAAAGCAAGGCUCCUAACUCAUUGGGAACAACUGGACUAUGGAGUACAGUUUACAUCUUCACGGAAGUUUUUCACAAUUUCUCCAAUAAUUCUAUAUUUUCUGGCAAGUUUCUAUACGAAGUAUGAUACAACUCACUUCAUCCUAAACACAGCUUCUCUCCUGAGUGUGCUAAUUCCCAAAAUGCCACAGCUUCAUGGUGUUCGGAUCUUUGGAAUUAAUAAGUAUUGAAAUGUUUUGAAAUGGAACAAAAAGCUUUACAGCCACCGAGUUUUCUGUAAGCAAGGAGUGGUUAGUAAACUGCAUAAUGUGAAAUGAGAGGUAGCUACAUUAGACGGCCAGUUGCUAGUUCUUCAUAGGCUAUUUUGAAGUGUAGAUUCUUACAGGAAGAUGCCUCUGUUUAAUGCACCUGGUAUCUUUCUGAAGAGAGGCAUUAUGGGCAGGCUGGGCAGGCCCAGCUUAUAAGUUAAAUGGCUGUAAAGUAAGGGUGUAGUAGAUAAAUCCAAGGAAGUAGAGAUCAGAAACUAAGUCUGGCUUAGCUUAGAAUGAAUGGGCAUUAUGUUUGGAGAAGAAAAUUUUCAAUCAUUCAGUCAUGGUCAGUUUAAGCCGACUUACAUGUAAACCAGAAUCAUCUCUUUACAAGUUUAUUAUAAAUUGUUUUUAUUACCAUACAUAUUCCUCUUGUGUUAUAUAAGAGGAUAUAUAUCCUUUGUUUUAUACAAACCAAUUCCUACCUUAUGAACUUUUUUGGUUUUGCAGGCUCAACAUUGUUUGAUAAAUGACUUUUAUUUUUACAUUUAUUACUGAGUUCAUGAAAGUUCACUUUCAUGACUGAUUGAUGAUAGAAGAUAGUCAGGCAUCUUAGAAGCAGCCUCUUAGCUGGCCUUCUAAUUUUGGAAUAGAGUGGGUUUUGCUGCCUUUCCAGAUACAAGGCUGCUAAACCAAUUAAGAAAAUAAUUUAUUUUUCAUAAUUAAAGUAUAUGGUAACUUAAAGUCUCUGCUUAUUUGGUGGAGCAAUUUAAUUGUUGCCAUCUGCCAUUCUUUAGUAAAGAAAAUUAAAAUGGACAACUACCUAGCCAACCUGUGACCUGGCAGAAACUGCUUCUCUAGUAAUAGUAUCAGAGUAAAUAAUGGAGUCUUCUUGUAGCAGGUCUGCAGUGAAAGAGAACAUCAUCUUUUCUUAGUCCUCCUGCUCUCAAUCCCCAUCGUUUACCCAUUCGUAUUUUACCUUUCAAUAUGUGAGUCUUAGUGUAGAUAACUCAGAUUUCCAAAGCAGCAACCAUUGAAUUUUUGUCCCAUAGAGAAGCUUUCUAUAGUUGCUAACAUUAAUUCCAAGAAAUAACUAUAUACUACUUUGGGAAGUAAACAUGUCAAAAAAAAGUUCUGAUAUGGAAUAAAACUGAAAAACCUAGUAACAUUUGUAAGCAAGAGUGAGUAUAAAGAAUUAUAAAACCAACUUAAAAGUCAGUUUGUUUCACACUGACUCUUAGGGGGAAUGAUCAUUGUUUUAUAUUUUAAAAGUGUUGAGUUUAGAAAUCAGUUGUAUGAUAAUGCCUUUGUAUGUUUGUAUUUUUAAAUAACCAGUAAUCUAUACUUUAAUAAAAUUUUUCUUUGGUAUAAGGUUAUUGCAAAAGCUUCUAAACUCAGUCAUUAAAUUAUGCUUAAGUUUUUUGUUUUAAGCAACUGAAUUUGUAAAAGUGAAAGUGUUAGUGGCUCACUGGUCUCUGACUUUUUGCAACCCUGUGGACUAUAGCCUGUCAGGUUCCUCUGUCCAUGGAAUUCUCCAGACAAGAAUACUGGAGUGGGUAGCCAUUCCCUUCUCCAGGGGAUCUUCCCAACCCAGGGAUUGAACCUGGGUCUCCCACACUGCAGGCAGAUUCUUUACCAUCUGAGCCACCAGGGAAGCCCUUGUAAAAUUAAGGCACCUAAAAAGUAUUCUUUCAUUUUUCUUCAUUUUAAAGUUUAUCUCAAAAGGCUUAAAUUUUUUUCCACAGACUUCAGAGACAGAAAUCGGCCUCUGAUACAGGUCUUCUGCUGUUUCCGCUACUUUAGCCCUUCAGUGUGUUAAAAGAUAUUUAUUCAAUAGAUAUUUGAAGACCCACUCCAUUGUAGGAACUAUUUUAGGUAUUGUGGGUACAGUUUGUAGCAAGACAAACCAGAUCCCUAUGUGCUUACAUUCAAGUUGGAGAACAGAUGAGUAAACAAAUACAUAUUAUUUUACAUAGUGAUAAAUGCUAUGGAGGGGUGGGGGGUGGGGAGGUAAACCAGUAAAAGGCAGGGGAGCCUGCCUCAGAAAAGUCUUCCAUAAAGAUCCUAACUAAUGCGACAUUUAGACAGAGACUUUCCUGAUGUAAAGGAGCAAGCAAUACAAAGAUCUAGGGAAAGAGGCUUUCGAGUACUGGUGAUGGCAGGUACUAAGGCUCUGGGGCAGGAAGGAGGUGGUAUGUUUGAAGGACAGUCACUGUCCCUGGAAAGGAGUAAUAAGCAACAAGGAUAAGAAUGGUACCAAAUGAGUUCAGAGAAGUAGGUAGGGGUCGACCAAGGUAAAGAGCAAAUUUUAUUCUAAGCCUGGCAAAGCCAUGAGAGAGUUUUGCACAGGAGAGUAAAGGGAUCUGGGGUUUUUGUGGUGGUUUGCUUGUGUGUCUAUGAAGGUCACUGGCUAAUAUUGGAAAUAAACUGUAAGGGAAUGGGAAGCAGGGAGAACAGUUGGGAAGCUACUACAAGCAAGAGGUAGCUCAGACUAGGGAAUUAGCUGAUGCAGUGGUGAGAAGUGGUAAAAUAUGGGAUACACUUAGCAAGUACAAUACAGAACACUGAUACAAUGAAAGUAAGUUGGGGGAAGGGAACUAAAAUAACUCAUAGUUUUUUAGCCUUAACACCUAGGUGAGUGGUUGAAUGGUAAAUAAGAAAACCGUUCCUAAUUUCACAAAUUUGUACAGUUUAGUGUAAGAGAAAACUUUUUUAAACAUAAUCUAUAAUGACUAUUAUUUGGAAUAAAAUCAACUGCUAUGCUAUACUUGCUCCUAAUUUCAAGUCAGGACACAUAAUACCAAUUUCUAAAUAGGUCUGAGUUCAGAAAUGCUGCUAAUUUUAGCAUGCACUGGUGACUCUUGACUGCAUCAGUUAUUCCUUUGGAGUUCCAAUGGUGGUGGUUUAUUUCCUUCAUUCCUUCUACAUGUAUUUACUGGAAUUCUUUUGUAAGGAAGAUUUUCCCCUUCUCUCCCAUUUAUUCAGUCAUUUAUAUUAUGAGCUCAUGGAUGUUUUAUUGUUUGUUUAUAAUCUAUUAUAACGAUUAAUUUGUUGCUCAAAUUGUCCUCCAGCUUUGACCAAUGGGAGUUUCCACUGGAACGUCCAAAGUUAACCCCUGUAUUCUUUUCACUUGCCCCAUUUUUCAUUUUUGUUUUUAAGCAUAGAAUGGUAUUUGUUAGGUUUAUGUCACUAUUGUCUGUUAAACUAGAAAGAUCUUGAGGGGCAUAGCUCUCUCCUUAACUAAUAUCUGUGUGAAUUAGCCUUACAAAACUAUAUGAUGCCAAGAGUUGGAAAAGACCUUAGAGGCUAUGUAAUUCAACCCCACCCUUUACGUUCAGUUUUCAUUGACCACCACGCCUCUGUUCAGUCCUGUGUUGGCACUAAUAAAGGAGGACUUAAAAAAUACAAGGCUGCAUUUUUGCAAUGGAAUUUAUAACCUGUUUUACAUUUAGCCAAAAUUUAAUGCUUGUUCCACAUAACUUUUCAGCUUUUAAACUGUUACCAACAGCACUGAAUAAAUAGUACCAGAGCGCUCACCAUUUUCCAUUAUGAUAUGGUUUUAAAUUUUUCCCACUGUCCUGAUAAUUCUGCUCUAAGUCGCAGUUUAUUAUAUAUCGCACUAAGGCAACUACAGAUGUGAUGUCACUCCAACAGUACCGCUUCCCUUGUUCUGGAUACUCUUUAUUCUUAAUGAAGCAUAUUUUAGCUGUUUUGAGAGCCACAUAUCACUGAUUCACUUGAUGGUCACUAAAAUCUCCGGUCCCACAUGCAGUGCUGUUCAGUGAUGGUUUUCCCUUCAUGUACUUACUUAAUGGAUUUAUCUAUAUUCCUAUAGAUCCCCAUGUUGUUGGACUUUAACCUAUUGAUUCAUCUUGUCUAGCUGAUGUUGAAUCUUAUGCAAUAUAUUUCUCUUCUGUCUCCUAUAUUAAUCUCUGUGUGCGUGCGCACGCUCAGUCAUGUCCUACUCUUUGCAGCCCCAUAGACUGUAGCCUGACAGGCUCCUCUGUCCAUGGAAUUUCCCAAGCAAGAAUACUGGAGUGGGUUGCCAUUUCCUCCUCCAGGAAAUCUUCCUGACCCAGGGAUCAAACCUGUGUCUCCUGCAUUGGCAGGCAGGUCUUUACCACUGAACCACCAGGGAAGCCCUAUAUUAAUAUGUAUCACUAGUAAAUACGACUCCAAAAUAUCCUCAUGCAAAAGACCAAUGCAGCAACUCAGCAUAGACCAAUGCAGUUUAAUAUUCUUUCCAACAGGACAGAAAAGUGUAAUUCCCAAAACAGUUACAUGUAUAUUACAUAUUGGUGUUGGAAGUGUAAACAAGUUCAGUACUGGGGAGAUAGGUCUAGGUUUAAAAGAAAAAACAAAAAGCAAUUUUUGAAUAGCACUGGGCCAAGAAGUAAGGUAGGUAAGAGGAUAGCAAAGAUAAACACCUUCAUUUUGCUUGAUGUCAAAAAGUGAGAUGUCUCAGAUUUUUAUUUUACUCCAUAAUUACAUUUCCAGUUAAAAACGAUACAGCAGGUAGUUUGUUACGGGGAGUUUACAAGUUUUUGUCUAGGGCUUCCCUGGUGACUCACUGGUAGAGAAUCCACCUGCCAGUGUAGAAGACACAGGUUCGAUCCUUGAUCUGGUAAGAUCCUACGUGCAACAGAGCAACUAAAUUCUGCUCCACAACAAGAAAAACCAUCACAAUGAGAAGUCUGCACCACAACUACAAGUAAGCCCGUGCAGCAACAGAGACCAGCACAGCCAAAAAUAAAUAAUUUGUUAAAGUUUUUGUUUAGCUACAAGUGAAUUAAUUCAUAAGAAUUAUAAACAUCAAACUUACAACACUGAAUUUGGGUGUACAGUACACAGCUCAACUGAAGGGUGAUACUUUAGCUCUUAAAUUGGGUCUUUGGUUCACAGAAGUUGAUUAUAUUAUUUUUGACACUUUCAUAAUUAAAAUAUUCCAUAAUUUAAAAGUUAAUAAUAUAUUUGGAUUUUAUUUUAUGUUCAGAAUAGUAUAAUUUAUUCUAUUUUUUGACUCAUUCAAGCCUUUAAUAAAACAACUAAUGCUUAUGAAAGGGACUCAAUCUGUAGCUCUAAAGAUCUAUGUAAUCUCAAGUUAGCACAUAAGCUAGUUUUGUUACUAUGACAUUUAACUGCAUAAUUACAUGGAUAAAAAUAAUUCUCAAAUUC